CCGGCCACUCUGACUCAGUUUCACCAGAAACUAGAGGGGGAGGAGGCUGCAGAUUUUCCGCACACCCUGAGCGGGACGGAAGCCGGGCGGGAUCUUCAGCGGCCCCACCCCGUUCACCUGCGCAGGUAGCCCGGGCGGACGGUAGGCGGAGGCCCAGCAGGCUCGGAGCAUGUUUGGUGGCCGUCCGUGCUGUGUCUGGGUCACAAGCACCCUCGGAACCCGGAGGCCCGCACUGUGAAGGUGACCCCCGCCCUGGGGAGGAGGGCGACGGCCCCUAGGAGCACGAUGGCGGGCCGCCGCCUGACCCUGGCGCAGGCCAGCAUCUCUACGGUCGGCGUGUGGCUCCUUUGCUCGCUUGGGCUCCAGGGCACUGAAAGUGCGCUGCCGUCCGCGCCCCCUGAACUUCCCGGGGGAUCCGCCUGCUUGACCCGCUUUACCAGCGGGGUGCCGGCUUUCGUGCUCGACACCGAAGCUUCGGUCAGCAACGGGGCCACCUUCCUGGGCUCCCCGACGGUGCGCCGCGGCUGGGACUGCGUGCGUGCCUGCUGCGCCACCCAGACCUGCAAUUUGGCGCUGGUGGAGCUGCAGCCAGACGGCGGCGAGGACGCCAUCUCUGCCUGCUUCCUCAUGAACUGCCUGUACGAGCAGAACUUCGUGUGCAAGUUCGCCCCGAAGGAGGGCUUCAUCAACUACCUUACGCAGGAGCUUUACCACUCCUACCGCGAGCUGCGGACCCGGGGCUUUGGAGGGUCCCAGAUCCCUCGAACCUGGGUGGGCAUAGACUUGAAGGUACAGCUGCAGAAACCCCUGGUGCUGAGAGAUCCAGACACAACAAACUGGCACCUGCUACAGGGUGACAGCGAUGUCAGAGUGGAGAGAAACAGUCCGGAUGAAGUGGAGCUGUGGGGGCUAAAGGAAGGAACCUACCUCUUCCAACUGACACAAACUGACUCAGACCAGCCAGAGGACACCGCCAACCUCACCAUCACCGUGCUAACAGCCAAGCAGACAGAAGAUUACUGCCUCGCCUCCUACAAGGUGGGCCGCUGCCGGGGCUCCUUCCCGCGCUGGUACUAUGACCCCACAGAGCAAAUCUGCAAGAGUUUCACAUAUGGAGGUUGCCUGGGCAACAAGAACAAUUACCUUCGGGAAGAAGAGUGCAUGCUAGCCUGCAAGGAUGUGCAAGGAAUCUCCCCCAAAAGGCACCAUCCAGUGUGCUCGGGCAGCUGCCACCCCUCCCAAUUCCGCUGCAGCAAUGGUUGCUGCAUUGAUGGCUUCCUGGAGUGUGACGACACCCCUGAUUGCCCUGAUGGCUCUGACGAGGCCACCUGUGAAAAAUACACCCGUGGCUUUGAUGAGCUUCAGAAAAUUGACUUCCGCAGUGACAGAGGGUUCUGUGCAGAACUGCCAGACACUGGGCCCUGCCAAGAGAACAUCCCGCGCUGGUAUUACAACCCAUUCAGCGAACACUGUGCCCGCUUCACCUAUGGUGGUUGCUAUGGCAACAAGAACAGCUUUGAGGAGGAGCAGCAGUGUCUUGAGUCCUGUCGUGGCAUCUCCAAGAAGGAUGUGUUUGGUCUGCGGAGGGAAAGCUCCGUUCCCAGCGUAGGUUCUGUGGAGGUGGCCAUUGCUGUUCUCCUGGUCAUCUCCAUCAUAGUGGUCGUAGCCAUCCUGGGAUAUUUCUUCUUCAAGAGUAAGAGAAAGGGCUUCCGCAGUCACCGCCGCCGCCACCACCCGCCUCCCACACCAGCCAGCUCCACUGUUUCCACCACUGAGGACACAGAGCACCUGGUCUAUAAUCACACAACCCGGCCCCUCUGAGCCUGGGAGUCUGCCAAGACAGAGGCUCGAACCUGGGAAAACUUGGGGACCAGACAUUUCCUGCCUGCUUCCUGGGCUCACUAGCUCUGUCUCAGAAGCCAGGUCUCUGGGCGUCUCAGAGGAUGCUCAUCUACACUCACUCGGGCCAGUUCUGGAGAAGGCCCAAGAGACUGGGAGGAGCAGAGCAGCCUUGAGCCAGGAGUACUGUACAUAGAAGGACCUGUUUGCCCUGGAGCCAGAGGAAGUUGGUGUUUUUUGUGUCCUGUUCAGAGAUGCCCAUCCCCAUCCAAUGAUGCUAGGACUUGGAGUGACAUCAGAAGCUGGAAGCUGCAAUCUGCCUUCCACGGCUGGCCUUGCGCUCGUCACAGUCCAGCACUGAAGGAUGAUGUCCCUGUGUAGUUCGUGCUGGGGGGUACCAGGGUCAUAGUUCAGUGGUAGAACAUGUACCCUGAGUUCUCUCCAUGGCACCACAAAAUGACAUUAAAUUAAAAAAUAAA